GAUAAACCGGUAAGGCAGAGAGAUAUAAUUGGUUGCAAUAGGGGGAAAUUUAGUCAGAAGUUUGUGCACACUGGGGCAAGUCACGGCGACCUUUCUCUCUAACUCGCGUAGCUGGUUUAUGUUGAAAACUGAUUGCAGUCUUCCUCGUCCAUACGUAUUUUGUGACCCGUAACGUCCAGCCAUGUCUGUUCGAGUCAGCCCCGAAGAGCUGGAGGAGUACAGGGACUUUGCAGUGGAAGUCGCCACAAAGGCAGGAGAGAUGAUUAAAAAGGCCUUCUAUAAGACAAAAACUGUAACCAACAAAGGGAGCGGCGUUGACCUCGUGACGGAGACUGAUAAAGCUGUAGAGAAAUGGGUGAUAGGGUUCAUCAAGGAACGCUACCCUGAUCACAGGUUCAUAGGCGAAGAGACCACAGACCUUGACGCUCCCUUUGACUUCAGGGACGACUUGACGUGGAUCGUUGAUCCCAUUGAUGGCACCAAUAACUUUGUACAUAACGUUCCAGAAGUAGCGUUUUCUAUGGGGUUAACAGCCAAUAAGAAGGUGAUAGUGGGUGUGAUCAACCUACCUGUCCUUGACCUUAUGUACACCAGCAUGAAAGGUCAUGGGUCAUACUGUAAUGGAAGAAAGCUUGUUACAGGCAGCGUUGAAGAGCUGAAGAAGUCUAUUGUUAUCUAUGACACUGGCGCUUUACGAACACCAUGGAAUGUUGAUACCGUGCUCAAGAAUGUACGCAAUAUUAUCACGAAAACUCACGGUUUGCGGACAUAUGGGGCUGCAGCCGUCCAUUGCUGCAAGAUGGCUGAGGGCCACGCCCAGGCGUUGGUGGAGUAUGGUCUCUACUGCUGGGACUUUGUAGCUGGCUUGCUGAUAGCACAGGAGGCGGGAGUUCACGUCAUGGACCCGGACGGUGGGCCAUGUGACCUGAUGGGACACCGGAUCUUGAUGGGGUGCACGGAGAAAGUAGCCAAUGAGUUGUCAGCAAUGAUCACCCACCACACGAUGCACAGGCCAUGAAGCAGACCAACAUCCAUCCACAUGGCUCAUUUAACUGAAUGUAACCAAUAUUAAUAACUUAGCUGGACUAGAAAUGAUUUCUGGUUAAGGUAUGGUCAAGAUCAGGACAGGGGGCACUAAGAUCUCUUUGUGAAACAGGGCACAGAUGAUCAGGCCUUGUGUUGUCAUACUCUCUACUCAUGCCUUCACAUAGCCUCCUACUUCACAUUAUGUUUGCUUCAAUCAACAAGGUUGUUUUGGUUAACUUUGAAAGUCUCAAAACACAAAGUAAGUGAAGUCCCAUCUUCCCGAGGCAAGGGAGUUAACUGUCUCCAUAAGUCAAGUUUCCACGCUUGCUGAACUAAGCUUGGCUGUCUGGGCUCCUUCGUAGCAGCAGCAGCAAGUUAUGUCCCAUCUAUAUCCCUCCUAUUUAACAAUCAGAUUCCACCUCUCAUAUCACUUGCAUUUGCUUCAAAAGUACAAGCAAAAUGACGUGCCCAGUUAAGGCGGUCUGACAGAUAAAACCGGUCUUACCUCGUGAAGUGCAUCAAAUUAUGUCAGCACCUUGAAACGAUUAGGAAAAUAUCUGUUGCCACCGAGUUGACAGAACACAAAUACAAAUGCAACAUUCGACCAAAAUCUACAUGGCAGUUUACGAACUGGAUGUCAUUAAGUGAUUUUGAUUAGACUAUUCAUAGCCUAGCUAGUCCAGCCACAAUGUAAGUUCAUAAUUCCAGCCUAGUUCGUCAAGGGUGCAAACUGAAAUUUGUAUAAUCAGUUACCUCCCUUGACUCUGGAAGAUGGUCGAGUCCAAGCUUCAUAUAUCAGUGAAAUAUACACACAAUAAAUAACCAAAUUAAUUUUGAGUUGUUUGUGUUCAAACAUGCAUAAAUAAAACAACAGUAGAACACUUUA